AUGACGAAGGCAAAGGCCAUUGGUUUCAUUGGCCUUGGAAACAUGGGUUUCUGGAUGGCAACUAACUUGGCCGAAAAGCUUCCAGUCAAUUCCAAUGUUAACGUAUUUGAUAUCGUCCCAGCUCUUGUGGAUGAUAUCUGCGCGAAAUAUCCGGAUAGAGUCGUGGGAUGCUCUGGUCCGAAGGAUGUUACCGACAAAUCAGAUAUCAUCAUCACUAUGCUACCUGAAGGAAAGCACGUCAAGGAAGUUUACAUGGGACCGGAUGGAAUCUGCUCCAGAGACGUCGGACAGAAGCUUCUAAUUGACUGCUCGACCAUCGACACCGCAAGCUUCCUGGAGAUCAAAGACCACAUUGGCAAAAACUUUCCUUGCGCCUCAUUCUACGACGCCCCGGUGAGUGGCGGUGUGAUCGGAGCGGAGAGAGGAAUAAUUGCAUUCUUCCUCGGCUGCGCCGAAGACAACAAGGAUAUUGAAGAGCUCAGGCAAUUGUUUGGUCUGAUGGGAAACAAAAUCAUCCCAUGUGGUGGUCCGUCUCUCGGAAUCGCAGCCAAACUUUCCAACAACUACCUCUCCGGUAUUAUCGCCAUUGCCUGCUCGGAGGCCAUGGACAUGGGAAUGAAGUCCGGAGUAGACCCACGAGUCCUGGCUCAGGUUUAUGCGGCUGGUAAUGCUCAAAACACCAUCUGCGAUCGUUUCAACCCGGUGCCUGGGGUUGAUCCCGAUGCGCCAUCCUCGAACGGUUACCAGAAGGGUUUCAGAGUCGAGCUUAUGAAGAAGGAUAUCGCGUUGGCUUUGGACAUGGCCCGUCGCGUAGGAUCGACUAAUGUGCUGGGGAGUGUGGGGUUGCAGACCUACAAGGAGGCUAGUGAGGAUGAGCGAUGCAAGGACUUGGACUCACGCAUCGUGUUCCGGUACUUGGGUGGGAAUGAGAACUGGAAGACUGAUCAGAAAAACGAGAAUUAA